GAAAAACACGAAACUUGACCACUUUGUUGUUCCGAUAAGCACUGUCUAGUGUAUAGGCUGCAAGCAUUUAACUAUAAAACAUUCCCCCACUGCCUCUCUUUUUCUUCGUAGCCAGAAAAGUUCAACGUUUCCACUUAAUUCAACAGUUGACCAACUUCUGUGCUAAUCCAUUUUCUCAUUUCAGACUUUUCUCAAAGCCUCCUUCAGUUGAAGACAAAACUUACCAAACCAAACCAAAUCACACUGUUAGUUUCAUUUUUCUACUAUAAUUCCUCCAAUCCCAACCAAACUUUGCUUCUUUAUCACGUUCCUCUUCAGUCCAAAUCUGCAUCUGGGUUGUUGUAUUUUUUUCCCCUUCAAUCAACUUAUUCCUUACUUUUAAGCUUAUUGGAUUUCUGAUCCAAAAAUCUCUACUUUUUCUAAACCCUUUUUUCUGAAACUCAGUAUACUCUGACUACUGUUUCCAAAUUAUUACCUGGGUUUGUGUCCAAUUGAAGAUUCAUUAAGUGUUUUAUUAUCCAAAUUGCUUAAUUUGUUUUCUACUUUUGACUCAUAAAUGGGUUGUUGUGCAAGCAAAAGCAGAGGCUUGGGUCCACAGUAUAAUGGUUACAGAUCAGAAGGAGGAGGAGGAGGAGGUGGUGGUGGGGUUCCCUACCAGAAGCCCAACGAGCCAAUUGUCCACCAAUCCAAGACCCAACAAGCUCAACAAACUCACCAAUUGCCGGAAAAGCGUCCGGCGGCGGCCAAUUCAGAGCCUCAACCUGGCUAUAAGCCUUAUGUUUCUGCCAGAAGCCCAAAACACGUUAUGAGGUCUGAUACAAUUUUGGGGAAGCCAUUUGAGGAUGUUAAGCAGUUCUACUCCAUUGGAAAAGAAUUGGGUAGAGGUCAGUUUGGUGUGACUUAUCUCUGUACUGAGAAUUCAACUGGUCGCCAAUUUGCUUGCAAAUCCAUAUCGAAGAGAAAACUGGUUAGCAAGAAUGAUAAAGAGGAUAUGAAGAGAGAAAUUCAUAUUAUGCAGCAUUUGAGUGGCCAACCAAACAUUGUUGAGUUUAAAGGAGCUUAUGAGGACAAGCAAUCGGUUCAUUUAGUUAUGGAGCUUUGUGCUGGUGGUGAGCUCUUUGAUCGGAUUAUUGCAAAGGGCCACUAUAGUGAAAGGGCUGCUGCUUCUAUAUGCAGGGCAAUUGUUAAAGUUGUCCAUAACUGUCAUUUCAUGGGGGUUAUGCAUAGAGACCUUAAACCAGAAAAUUUCUUGCUGUCUAGUAAGGAGGAAAAUGCCCUUUUGAAAGCAACGGAUUUUGGGUUGUCUGUGUUCAUUGAAGAAGGUAAGGUGUAUCGGGAUAUUGUUGGGAGUGCUUACUAUGUUGCUCCCGAAGUACUGAGGCGCAGAUACGGAAAAGAAAUAGAUGUUUGGAGUGCAGGAGUUAUGCUGUAUAUUUUACUCAGUGGUGUACCUCCAUUUUGGGCUGAAACAGAGAAGGGGAUCUUUGAUGCCAUAUUGCAGGGCGAAAUUGACUUUGAUAGUCAACCCUGGCCUUCUAUUUCUGGCAGUGCCAAAGACUUGGUUCGGAAGAUGUUGACUCAGGAUCCUAAAAAACGAAUUACCUCGGCUCAGGUUUUAGAACAUCCCUGGCUAAGAGAAGGUGGAGAAGCUUCGGACAAACCCAUUGACAGUGCGGUUCUUUCUAGGAUGAAGCAAUUCAGGGCAAUGAAUAAGCUGAAAAAACUUGCUUUGAAGGUUAUUGCAGAAAAUCUGUCCGAAGAAGAAAUCCAAGGGCUGAAAUCAAUGUUUACCAACAUAGACACUGACAAUAGUGGCACUAUCACCUAUGAUGAGCUGAAGUCAGGAUUGGCCCGACUAGGUUCUAAACUUACGGAGGCUGAAGUGAAACAACUCAUGGAAGCUGCUGAUGUGGAUGGGAAUGGAACAAUUGACUACAUAGAAUUUAUAACGGCUACAAUGCAUAGACACAGGCUAGAGAGAGAAGAACAUCUUUACAAAGCUUUUCAAUUUUUUGACAAGGACAACAGCGGGUUUAUCACUAGAGAUGAACUAGAAACAGCAAUGAAAGAUUACGGUAUGGGUGAUGAAGCUACAAUCAAGGAAAUAAUUUCGGAAGUGGAUACAGAUAAUGAUGGUAGAAUCAACUAUUCAGAAUUCUGUGCAAUGAUGAGAAGCGGAACGCAGCCGGGCAAACUCUUUUAGAUCCAUAAGCUGCAUGUUGCCAUUCUUAAUAUCGAAGACAGCAUGCAUAAAUAGAAAGCGACUUUGAGCCACACUCAUUGGGAAAAGCUUAUGUACGCAAAUGCUUUUUGGCUAAGGAAAGAUGUAUGCCAUUGAACAUAGAGGGCCUUCAUUUUGAAUUUUAUUUUGAGUUUGCAACUUUUAUAGUUGUGCAUGUCGCCAUCUUUAAUUAUUUUGUUAUUUUAAUGAAAUUAUUCCAAUGUGUUGAUGCUUGAAGAAGGAAUCAUUUCAAGAGAGAUGUUGUACUUAAAUAAUGUGUACUAAACUCCUGCUUGACGGAUCCAGCUAAAAAAUGAAGGCUGAUUUUUAUGGAGUUGAUUUCUUGAAA